CUCAAGCAUAUGUAGAUGGUGGGACUCGAAUUUGAGACUUUGACCUUGUUUGGUAAGAACUUUUCAGGAAGCUCUUAGUUUAUUGAUGUCUAUUAGAGAUUUAUUUUAAAAGAUCUUUUUAGACUCAAAUAAUUUAUUCUAAAACAAAAUUCAUAUAGUAAUUGCUUUUAAAAAUUUCUUACUGAAUAUUUAGCUUUAUUAAUGCAUUUAACAGUUAAAAUCAGUUCGUUAAACCUUUUUAUACAACUAGCUAAUACAACCAAUUAUAUCAAUUAGCUAGAAACUAAUUACUAAACGGGAACUAUUUGAGCUCUCUGAUUCCAAUGAUAUAAAGUAGUACAUACCCACAUACCACUAUGUAUACCACUAUUAGGAGUAUUAUACAAGAGUGUUUCACCCAAAAAAAAAAAAAAAAAAAUAAAUAAAUUACACAAGAACCAACACCCCAUUACUAAUAAAUAAAUAUGGGAGUACCAUAAAUACUGUUUUCUCCCAUUCACAUUCUCAUUAUUUAUAUCCUAUCGUUUCCUCCAUUCCUAAAGUGAAAAAUAACACAUUGAAUUAGCGUCAAAUAACUUGUAUAACAUGGAAGCUUCAAAUGGAAUUACCAAUCAUAAUGAAGUUGAAGGAACGGGAGAAAAUGUCCUUAUUAAACAUGCUGCUUUCUUUGAUAGAAAUCAUGAUGGUUUUGUUUAUCCUUGGGAAACCUUCAAAGGAAUGCGCGCCAUUGGAUGCGGGUUGUUUAUAUCCACCGCUGCCGCCAUCGUCGUAAACAUGAGCCUCAGCCAGAAAACUCGCCCGGGGAAAUUUCCUUCAUUGCUUUUCCCUAUAGAGGUAAAGAACAUAGCCAGAGCCAAACAUGGGAGUGAUACUGGUGUCUAUGAUACACAAGGAAGGUUUGUAGAAUCGAAGUUUGAAGAUAUAUUUAAAAAGCAUGCAAGGGAAAAUUCAAGUGCUCUUACUUCUAAAGAACUAAGUGAAAUGCUGAAGGAUAACAGAGAAUCAAAGGACAUUGGAGGAUGGUUUGGGGCCUUUGUAGAAUGGAAGAUUUUGUUUUCGCUAUGCAAGGACAAGGAUGGGUUGAUGCAAAAAGAUAAAGUUAGAGGAGUAUAUGAUGGAACCAUAUUUGAGAAGUUGGAGAUGGAUAGACAAUCUACUAAGAAUCAUAAACAAGGUGUUCAUGGAGGAGAUAAAUAAAUUAGCAAUGCAGUUCAUCUUCAAAUGGUGGACACCAAUUCAUUGUUGUGGCUAUGUAUCUAAUUAUAAUAGUUAGUUUUGAAUUUAUACACUGUUCUUUUGAGUUGUUAA